AUGGUAAAUUCGCAAACCUUGGUCGAGAAGGGUACCAAAAUCGUUGCCAUUUCAACUCCUGAGGCUACUUCCUCGGGUCCUUCACACAGCUCCCAGGCUUCCUCUGUCGAUAAAGAUUCUCCUAUGCCCUCGAGCUGUGACGAUUUGCACUCAGAGGACACGAACUCCAGCUCGCCGGUUGUUUCGUCCCCAUCCAGCUCGAUAUCCCCAAAGCGAAAGACCUGCUCUGAUGCUUCGAACCAGGAGGAGCCCUCGCCUAAGAGAUCUCGAGCGAAAGUCAAGCGUGUCACAAGAGAACACCCCUCCACCGGCGACAUUUUGACACGCCUCCAUGCCAUUUACCCAAUACUCAAGGAAUACACCGAUCUUAUGAAGAAGAAGAAAGACGUUGUAAUUGAGCAUGAGGCAGGAUUUACCUUUUCCCUUGAUAUGAGCGGGGCUUAA